GAACAAGAACCUUGCCUUCAUCUUUGAAAGAAGCUUCCUUGGUUCAUGGCUCUGAUAGGCCUGAGUUGAAGAAGGUAUCGCCUUCAUCUUUGAAAGAAGCUUCCUUGGUUGAUGGCUCUCAUAGGCCUGAGUUGAAGAAGGUAUUGACGGAAGGUGAUGCUAGAUCUUCGUUAGUUUUGGAGGAUGAAGUGAUGACGCCUCUGAAUUUUAAAGAUUAUUUGGAAAGAUACAGGGACUUCACAGAAAGUGGUGAUGGCCCUCCUCGCUGGUUUACUCCAUUGGAGUGUGGCGCUCCUAUGAAGAAUGCUCCUCUUCUGCUGUUUCUUCCUGGUGAACUUCAUUUUUGUUUAAUAUAUUGGUUUAAAAAAUGCUGGAUCGGCAUGGAAUCACCGGGUCUAACCCGUGAAUCGGUCACCUGUGGGGAUUAGAAAAUCAUCCGGGUCUAGAAGAGAUUAUGCGAUUUUUUACAUUAAAAAGCAUUGUUUUGCUAUAUAAAAUGGCUGAUUCACCUAUCGGGACUAGUUUUUGGCCCGUUCACUUUACUUGUUCGUAUUUUUUUUUUUUGUCAGUUCGCUAUUUUUUUUAAGCAGUGACGAUUCAGUUCGCCGAUUCACCGAUCAAGACUGCUUUUUAAGAUGCUUGAUCCUGCCCUGGUGGUCUAUCCGUUUUUUAAAUCAUUGGUUGAAUAUUUCUCUCGCAUAUGAAUUUCAUUAGAACUUAUGCUGUAUCUACUUUUUGAUUCAUUAGGGUGAGAUUUGUAUAAGGUGCCAACCAUAAACAAUCACAGUAAGGUGCACCACCCAAAAUCUCUUUGUAAGAUGUAUUUUAGGCGUCGAAAUUCUUAUUAUCGCGCUAAAAUCUAUUUUUCACCCCUUUUAUGGAAUUGAAAGCUUCAAAAAAAUAUUGUAGAUCUACCAAAUUUAUGAACACUAUGGUCUAUAUAAUGUGUUACAAGUCUAAUUACAAAAUGUACUAUUAUUAAUAUUUGAAAUUCAAUUUUUCUUUCAUAUACCUGCAUAUUGAAGUGGGAGAUGACCAAUUAAAGGGUUUUCUAAUAACAAAACAACUUUUUAGGAAGAUUUUUGAGGUGCACCAUACUUAUACGGUAUCAGGUUUACACCUUAUGUAAAUUUUUUACGAUUCUUUAUUAUUUCCUGAAUGCCGUAUGACUGCUGUAGCUUGCCCGCCGUGUGGUUGUAUUUUUGCCUUCCCUCUCUACCCCCGCUCCUGCCUCUCUUUCCUCUGAGAAUUAUUUUUGAAUAAGACGCUUCCUUUUGGAGAUACACAGUCCACUGAUAAGAUGUUUCAUUUGCACUUCCUUAGCUGUUUCAAGACUUUCACUCUCUCCCUCUCUUGUGUAUCAACCCAGGAUUUGAUCCCUGAGUCUUCAAAUUGAAUCCGGAGAAGGAAAUGAUCCCAUUCACUUCGAUAGAUUCAGUUCUUGGGUGAAUGAUGUUGGUUACUGUAAUCAAUGAUUCAAUACUCGGCCGAGGGGAAGAUGGCCUUGGACAUGGGUUGAUGCGACACCAUCGAAGACUUGGGAAGAUUUUUGAAGUAUGGUGUUUGCAUAUUCCAGUUUCUGACCGCACUCCCUUUGAAGGACUCGUGAAAAUUGUUGAAAUGAUGAUUAAGUCAGAGAAUUCAUGUUUUACAAAGAGACCGAUAUUUCUUGUUGGAGACUCUCUCGGUGGAUGUGUUGCACUAGCUGUUGCAGCUCGUAACUCUAAAGCGGACCUAACAUUAAUAUUGGCCAACCCUGCGAGCUGUUUCUGCAGGUCACAGUUAAAAUAUCUUCUCCCAUUCUUGGAUGCUAUGCCUGACCAUGUCCUUGAUCUUAUCCCUUAUCUUAAGAGCUUGAACAUAGGUGAUCCUGUUGGGAUGGCAAUGAAGAAUGUAGAAAUGGGUGUUACUUUGGGAGUUGGCCAAAUUUCACAGAGCCUUUCUGCACUUUUUGCUGAUCUUUUAAAUUUACGAGUUUUAUUAUCGAGAGAAACUAUCUUGUGGAAGAUAAGACUGCUGAUGUCAGCUUCCUCCUAUGCAAAUUCUCGUCUCCAUGCAAUUAAGUCUGAAGUGCUUGUACUUGCCAGUGGUAAUGAUCAACUGCUACCGAACCAAGAUGAAGCUGAAAGGCUUUGCCGUGUACUACCCAACUGUAGAUUUCGUCAUUUCCCGGAUAGUCACCGCCUCAUCUUCCUGGAAGGAGAUGUUGAUUUGGUCACUAUUAUCAAAGGCACUGGUAUAUAUCGCCGCUCGACACACAAGGACUGGGCGUUAGAUUUCCUCCCUCCUACACUCAAUGAAUUUAAGUAUGCUUACGAAGUACUUAGAUGGGUUAUUCAUGCAACUGAUCCUGUGGUAUUUUCAACAAUGGAAGAUGGAAAGAUAGUGAGGGGUCUCGCAGGGAUACCUCAAGAUGGCCCUGUUAUACUUGUGGGGUAUCACAUGUUUAUGGGAUGGGACCUAGGUCCUUUUGUUGGAGAGCUCUUGAUGGAGAGAGGUGUUUUUGUUCGAGGACUAGCACAUCCUUUUAUGUUUGACAAGCAUGCAGAAACCCUUAUGCCUGAUCCAGCAUCAUUUGACUUUAUGAGGAUUAUGGGUGCAGUUCCUGUGUCAGCAACCAACUUUUACAAACUUCUGUCUAGUAAGUCUUUUGUUCUAUUAUAUCCUGGAGGCGCACGCGAGGCUCUUCAUCGAAAGGGUGAAGAAUACAAGCUUUUCUGGCCAGAGCAUUCUGAGUUUAUUAGAAUGGCUGCCAGUUUUGGAGCCACAAUCAUACCUUUUGGUGCUGUUGGAGAAGAUGAUGUUGCUGAAUUGCUCCUUGAUUAUGAUGACCUGAUUAAGAUUCCGUAUAUAAGAGAUCAAAUUGAGGACCUAAAUCGUGAUGGCAUACGGUUGAGGACUGGUGUUCCUGGGGAGGUGGGAAACCAAGACCUUUAUCUUCCUGGAAUGUUUCCAAAAAUUCCAGGUCGCUUUUAUUGCUUAUUCGGAGGCCCAAUUCAAACAAAAGGCAUGAAGAAUGAGCUAAAAGAUAAAGCGAAAGCACAUGCGAUGUAUCUGCAGGUGAAAUCCAAAGUCGAGAAACUAAUUGCGUACCUAAAAGAGAAGAGAGAGUUGGAUCCUUAUAGAGGUCUAUUACCAAGGCUCCUUUAUCAGGCUACCCAUGGAUUCACAUCUAAAGUUCCAACCUUUGAGCUUUGAAACUUGUAACAAUAGUAUAUCUUGCUUUUGUUUAUUCAACUUUUUUGUGAUUGAAAUAAAGGGUCAUUAUUGUGGUGCCCCUGGAGAUGAUAUUAGCACUCUUAUGAAUAAAUCACUAAGGCCCCAUUCGGAUGGGCUGUGUUUAUGCU